CACACAGCAUCCGAUUCUAUUCGUUCUGAUUUCUUUACUCCACUCAUGUAUGUACCACAUUGGAAGCAGACGAUACGAAAAUGAUGCAACCACAAAUCAUCCUCCUGAAGGAGGGGACGGAAGCCUCUCAAGGGCGAUCCCAGGUCAUCAGUAAUAUCAAUGCUUGUCAGGUGGUAGCCGAUGCAGUUCGUACCACCCUGGGCCCAAGAGGCAUGGACAAGCUUAUGGUAGACCCAAGAGGUAAUGUAACCAUCUCCAAUGAUGGCGCUACAAUAGUCAAAUUACUGGAUGUCAUUCACCCAGCUGCAAAGACACUGGUUGAGAUUGCCAAGUCACAAGAUGCUGAGGUUGGUGAUGGAACCACAACUGUUACCAUGCUAGCCGCAGAGUUCCUGAAACAAGUCAAGUCGUUUGUUGAUGAGAAUGUGCAUCCACAGGUCAUUGUCCGAGCGUUCCGCAAGGCUACUCAACUUGCUCUGGACAAGAUCCGUGAUAUCGCUGUCAAAAUAGAGAGCGACAACCCAGAUGAACAUAGAAAACUACUAGAGAAGUGUGCAGCUACAACUCUAAGCUCCAAGCUAGUGGCUGCCCAGAAAGACUUCUUUGCAAACAUGGUGGUUAGUGCAGUCAGUCUACUGGGUGAGAAUCUACCCAUGGAAAUGAUUGGUAUCAAGAAGGUUCAAGGAGGAGCCCUAGAGGAAUCCAGGCUAGUUGCAGGUGUUGCCUUUAAGAAGACAUUCAGCUAUGCUGGCUUUGAGAUGCAACCCAAAUCUUACAAGAAUCCCAAGAUUGCUCUCUUGAAUGUAGAGUUGGAACUCAAAUCAGAGAAGGAGAAUGCUGAAGUAAGGGUGGAUAAUGUUGAGGAAUACCAAAACAUCGUGGACGCUGAAUGGUCCAUCCUUUAUGAUAAACUUGAGAAGAUUCAUCAAAGUGGAGCCAAGGUUGUCCUGUCAAAGCUACCCAUCGGCGACGUUGCUACUCAGUAUUUCGCUGACAGGGACAUGUUUUGUGCAGGCCGUGUAGUAGAGGAGGAUCUCAAGCGUACUUUACAGGCCUGUGGGGGCGCUAUACAGACGUCAGUUCAGAGUCUAACAGAAGAUGUCCUGGGAACAUGUGAAGCAUUCAAUGAGGAACAAAUCGGAGGAGAGAGGUAUAACUUCUUCACAGGAUGCCCACAGGCCAAGACUUGUACCCUGGUGUUAAGGGGAGGGGCAGAACAGUUUAUUGAGGAGACGGAGCGUUCUCUCCACGAUGCCAUCAUGAUCGUUAGACGAGCCAUCAAGAAUGAUGCUGUAGUUGCAGGUGGGGGCGCUAUUGAGAUGGAGCUGAGUAAGUACCUACGUGACUACUCACGCACCAUCGCCGGCAAACAGCAGAUUCUGAUUGGUGCAUUUGCUAAGGCAUUGGAGAUUAUACCCAGACAGCUGUGUGAUAAUGCCGGAUUUGAUGCCACCAAUAUUCUCAACAAACUCCGACAGAAACAUGCACAAGGUCAUACAUGGUACGGCGUGGACAUUCUGAAUGAGGGCGUGGCAGACAACUUUGCUGCUUGUGUGUGGGAGCCAGCCAUUGUUAAGAUUAACGCCAUCACGGCCGCCUCUGAGGCUGCAUGUUUGAUACUGUCCGUAGAUGAGACGGUCAAGAAUCCCAAGUCAACUAACGCCGAUGAUCGACCAGUCAAACCACCAAUGGGUAGGGGAAGAGGAAGAGGUAGACCUCGUUGAUGUGUAAACAGAAACAAAUCUAGAAUCCUGACUUGUCACUCUAUCAUUAUGUAAUGUGCUGAAGGGAGAUUUGGAAGCUUGAAGAUGAUGUAAAAUUUUCUCCUUUGUUACACACCUUUUGUUUACGAGUCAUUAGGUUUUUUGGUCAGUAAUGUAAUUUGCUGAAGUUACAUUUGAUCUUGCAAUACACCUGGUUUAUUUGGGAGUUGAUCUUUUGAGAUUUUUUAUGGAUGAGGUAACAGAUGCUAGACAAAUUUUGGGGUGUCAUCUUGACAUCGUUUUUUUGUGCAGAAAUUAUAAUUAUUUGGUCACUACUUGUGAAUGAACACAACAAGACAAAGUGUUACAAAAGAAGCCUGUUGAAGCUUGUUGAACACAAUUUUCUGUAAGUCUCUGUUCAGGUUUUGUGAAAACACAAUUACGCUUGAAGUAUUAUUUUACAUCAUUUCAUAACGUUAAAAUCGCCUGAACUCGUAGAAAGCUUAAAAUGUGUUGGUAUAUGUACAAGGAAUGAUUGAAGUCAUUGCGUCCAGUAACCUAUUCACCUGUACUUGCUUCCUUUCCCAAUUUAUCCAAGGUUCCGAUUAACUCUUGCUGUAGCACCUGUUCAUUUUCUAGAAUACCUCAAAAGCCAGACUGUUUUUGUUACAUGUAGGGUAGGUGGUAUUCCUUGUAUUUAGGAGGCGACUUCAGCGUAAAAAAUUGUCUUUGUAUGCAAAGUGGUCAAAAUGCAUCUGAACAGUGUUUAAACAUCAAUCUGCUACGUGAAUUUUGUGAACUAUGUGUUUCAGUAUUACACCAAAGCGAUGUCAGCUACUUUUGAAGGCUGUGAACACCGUCAAAAGACUUUUUAGAGAAUGUUGUUUGGGGGAUAUUGUGGUUAAGUUUGCAAUUUAGGUAGAGCUUCAAGUUGUUCUGUGUACAUUGACAAAAGAAUCAAGGGAUUAACAUGUGAAGAACUCGUCUUUUGCACCUGCUGUGAUAUCAGCAUUUUAGUGAACACCUGUCAAAGUGUAAGGUUUUGAAGGAUAUAGUCUCACUUAUAAUCUUUAAGUGUAAUUGGAACCAUGCCGUAAAUCGUAGAAAUUGUGUGAUGUGAAAAUGACGCAUUGUUCUGUUUGUGAAUGCUGCUAAUAAAUCUGAUAUGUUUGGAGUUGAAGCACAAGUUGAAAA